AUUGACGAAGUCUUUUAUGUUAACUUUAUGUAUUUUUUUACUAUUAUAUUUUGUAUUCACAGUUUUAUCAGACGAGAAUAAGAGGUUCAUGUACGACGUCGGAGUCUACGAUAGCGAUGAUGACGAAAGUGGUAUGGGUGAUUUUUUGAGCGAGAUGGCUGUAAUGAUGAGUCAAACAAAGCCUAAUGAAAGUGGGGAAGAAACCUUUGAAGAAUUGCAGCAACUAUUUGAAGAUAUGUUUCAAGGGAACAGUGAUAAACGUAGCUCCACUGAUAUGAACAAUGGAAUUAGGACAAAUGGGAAUGAUUCUUCUUCAGGCUUUGCUGCUCAUCUUCAGAGCUUUUGUGUGGGGGUUACCAAUUGGUGCUCUGUUAAUUUGGUAACUUGAAGUAUUUAUUAUUAUUAUUAUUAAUAAUAGUCAAUUAUUUAUUCUUAUAAUUCAACAUUUUAAUUUAUAUUUAUUAAUUAUUUAAUUUUAAUUAUUUCUCAUGUUUUAUAUAUUUAUAAUUUUACUUUUCAUUCCUACAAUAUUUAUUUAUUAUUUUUGUAAAAUUUCUUUUUCAGAAUAUUUUUUAUUUAUUAUUUUAUGCAAAUUUUAUAUU